GCCCUUGCGGUACCUCAUGUCCCGUCAGGGGGCUCUGACAAGCUCUCGAGGUUCUAUUCUGACGAUUCGGCUCUCUGACCCUACAGGAACCGCGGAUGUUAUCCUUGCCGUCAGAAGCUGACGACCCACUGUUUCCGUCACACUCACGAGAUAACUAAUCACGCGCACUCGGGGCAUAUCGAAAUUUUGAUUCUGGUUGGGACUUUUGUAUUCUUGUCUGCACGUAUAAAUCGCGGCGGAUGAUGUUGGAUUAAACCUCAUGUUGCAUCUCUACCUUGCCCUGACAGCUGCCUUAGCAGCAUUCGCGUGCUUCAGAGAGGUCGCAUCUGCGCCUCUUGAGGAGGUGCUGAGAGGCCUGACUCCGAAAGCAAGGAAUGUUUUGAAGCGUGCUACCCCAGUAGCCCCCUAUUUCGUUUUAUACAGUGACGCGUACGUUUCCAGCGAACCGACUGCGUCAGAGAUUUCGGGCUUCAAUGUGUUUGCAUUGUCUUUCCUCUUGGAAUACGGCGCUGCAGAUCAAGCUCAGGAAUGGGAAGAGCUUACAGCAGCUCAACGUUCUUCUAUUCUCUCUGAGUACGAGGCCGCAGGUAUCUCACUCAUCGUGUCCCUUUUUGGGUCCACUGAGACCCCCACUUCAUCGGGAUACGACCCCAUCGAUACUGCGAAUACCAUGGCAGCUUGGGUGAUCGAAUAUGGUCUCCAGGGUGUAGACAUCGACUAUGAGGAUUUCGCUGCAUUCAAUGGUGGCACUGGCUCUGCUGAGCAAUGGCUCGGCAACUUCACCACCCAGCUCCGCACUCAGCUUCCGCAGGGUCAAUAUAUAUUGACUCAUGCUCCUGUUGCACCUUGGUUUUCUCCCGAUAAGUGGGGUGGUGGAGGAUAUCUCUGGGUAAACUCUAUGGUUGGCGAUAUGAUUGAUUGGUACAAUGUGCAGUUUUACAACCAGGGCACAACGGAGUAUACAACUUGUGAUGGCCUCCUGUACAACUCCUCUACUAUUUGGCCAGAAUCCGCACUCUUUCAAAUCGCUGAUAGCGGUGUUCCUCUGGACAAGCUUGUGAUUGGCAAGCCAGCUACUUCAGCACAAGCCUCCAACGGGUACGUGGACCCAUCUCUCUUAGCAUCCUGUGUUUCCUCGGCAUAUGCUGCUGGAUGGGAUGCCGGUGUCAUGGUUUGGGAGUAUCCUUACGCCAGUUCCUCGUGGAUCGCGACUGUGCGUGGGAACACCUGGCCUAUGCCAUCCACCACUGCGACGCCAACGAGCACUGCGAUACCAACAAGCACUAGUACCACAGCGACGACCCCGACCCCGACGGGCACUGGUACUUGCGCAGGUGUUGCUGCAUGGACCGCUACUGUGGCCUAUACCGGAGGUUCUGAAGUGACCUACGAAGGAUACCUGUGGACCGCAAGCUAUUGGUCGGAGAAUGACACCCCUGGAGGAUCUGCGGGUGUCUGGGUUAACGAUGGAGCCUGCACCUCUGCAGCCACCGCCGCGGCUAAGCGUAGGGAUCUCCCAGCCCCCGCCUUCACACCUGCACCCGCUUUGUAAAGGUAUUGAUGGGCGCCACCCCACCCUGCUCACCUGCUGCAGCGGGGGACGCGAUGUGUAACGUGAUGGAUGAUGAAACGAGAUAUGACGAUAGCGAGAUAUAAUUAUUGUAUUCCGGUACUAUUUUACUGGCAAAUUAUGGGGUAGUUUUUU